AUGGCUGAUGGAAAGCGUCUAAAUGAAGGACAAAAAGGCAAUCAAAAGCUCGCAGACGUGGAAUAUCACAUUAAAGAAGUGUUUAAAAUUCUACAGGACGAAACAACAAGACUUCGCCAAGAGCAGGAAGCCAUGGAUGCCAUAUCGAAGAAACUGGAACAUGUUCACUUUUCUUCGACCGUGAAACUCAAUGUCGGAGGACAUACCUUCACAACAAGUGUUCAAACGCUGACCAAGGAUCCAAACUCCAUGUUGGCCGCUAUGUUUUCAGGGAGAUUUGAAAUGAAGGCUUCUGAAGGCGGCGCUUUCUUUAUCGAUCGAGACGGAACUCACUUCCGGUUUAUACUCAAUUAUCUCCGCACUGGGAAAUUAACUUUGCCAGAUGGAGCAACAUUUUUAAAAGAACUUGCGGAAGAAGCUGAGUUUUAUCAGAUUCAAGGAAUAAUCGACGAGAUGAAGUCCACUAACGCUGAAAUUCAAGCAGUUAGACCUUUACACAAUCCUUUUGAAGACUCGGAUAUCCUGACAAAUGAAGACCAUCGACGAGUAUUGUUAGGUUGGUUGUCUGAGUUUCGCGGAGAGUGGUGUCUUCUGUAUCGCGCUACUCGAGAUGGUUUCGAAGCUGCAAAUUUCCACGCCAAUUGUGACGACAAAGGACCCACGGUUACCAUUGUUAAAAGUGGAAACAACAUCUUCGGAGGAUUUACAGAGAUGCCAUGGCAAAGUAAGUUUUUGUAAACCGAAGUACGACAUAGUGUGCCUGACCUAAUCUUUAAACCUUUCCGUACAAUUAGCAACUUAUGUUUCAGUUUCUACAUAAAGUUUAUUCCUUUACUUCUAUGACAAAUUCUUGUCAAUCUCUUCACUCUUAUCCUUCAUUCUGCUGCGUUACGCCGCUUGUAUUAGCCUGCGAAGACAAAAUUGCGUGAGCGGUAAAUUUGCGUAUGAAAGCAAAGAUUUUUCAAAUCAUUGUCGUGAUUGCAGGACCUCUGCGUAGCAAAGGCAAGAAAAUCAAGAAUUUUUUAUUGCCGGAGGUCGGUCAUUAUAAAAUUCGACAGUUCAAACAGAAUUUUAUCGCCAUAAAGGUUGGCAAAAGGGUUUAUACGUGACGUGACGGCCAAAAGUAAUGUGACUCGUGAACUUCACAGAAAGGCGAGCAUGAUUCGUGAGGCGUGAUUUGCCUUUUAAUAUGUACGUGACCCGUGAAUUUAAUUUUUUUCCAUUUGAAGGCGAUAACUUUUUGGUAACGCAAGCAUAAAAUUAACUUUGUUCUUGUUUAAAAUACAAACAUAGGCGGUUACAUUCGUAACAUCAUGAUGGCAACUUUUUCUUUCAAAUAAUUAGUAAAGACGAAAAAAGUUCACGAGUUCACUGAAAGUCAUUUUCAAAUGUUAAUGUUAACAAGACAUUUAGAUUGAGCGUACAAAAGGUAUCGAAGUGCCAACGUCUUCCAUUGUCUUUAAAUGUCACUUGGCAGCCAGACAGUGGUGGACUGAAAUUUUUUUUGGGGCAGGCUGGGUUGCUUUUUCAAUUAGUAUGCAAGAAAGCAAGGAGCAGAGUAUUUUAUAAGAGUAGUUUCGUUUCGUCACCCGGCUAACACAAAAGUGUCCUCUCUUCGUUUAAACCGGUUUCACGUAAGCUUAUAAUUAAAUGAACAAACAUUUGAAACUGCUUAAUAUCUGAAAGUCAUUCAGAAUUCUAAGUCAAAUUUGUCGAGUAAUCCUCGGAGUCGUAUCGAAAUCUCAAGGGAGAUAUUACAUUUUUUAUCUCACUAAGUGUGCAUCAAGUCGAGCGAAGAGUGAUAGCAUCAUUUUUGGUGUUCAUCAGAGGAUUUGUCUGUCAUGAUGCAGAUUCUCUUGUCACAGCACGCGUGCAAUAAGGUUUUCUUUCCCAGGUGCAGGUAUUAACUUUACUUCAUCAUUAGGUAAGCCACAUCGAUGUUACACAGCAUAUUCUAAAAGCAGGUAUUUGGAUUAAUUUGAAAUUUUAUCUCCUCAUUAGGUGGACCGCAUCGAGGUUACACAGCCUGUACCGAGGCGUUCUUGUUCAGUUUGGUCAACCCACUAGACCUGGGUUCAACUAAACUGCCACUUAAAGAUUCAUAUCAACAGCUUUCCGCCAUUAAAUGUCACAGUGAUUAUGGACCAACGUUUGGCAACGGACACGAUCUCUCUAUCACAGGGCGCCACGGUUCACUUUAUCUUGACUGUUCUUAUAGAUGUCCUCCCGACUUAGGAGACCAGCAGAGAAGAUUCUUUACAGGGAGCGGACGUUUUCAAAUAACAAAUUAUGAAGUGUUUGGGAUCCGACAUUGA